AUGUCCCAGACCACACCCAUCGACCAACAAACCCAUUCCCCCUGUUUUCCCCCAUACCUCGCCGAACCCCAAGUGCUCACUGAAGCACAAUGGGCACACUGCCUAGCCCUUACUUGUGAACAGACCAACAUUGUCGACGCCACCGAACUGAUGUCAGAUAGGCGCACCUACCUUUAUCUUUUUCACCAGUCUAACAUUAUAUGCCCCACUGCCACAUACCCACUGGACAUGUUUCAUCGUUGGCGAAACGCACUCCUUGUUGCUGACGAACUACAUGCAGUCACCGUCUCACUGGGUUCAUUGGUAGACGAGCUUACACGCGACAACAAUUCCAUAUUGAGUACUGGAGCGACUUUGCUCAUGGAACACUUGCAGAUAGAAUCCCUAGAACGACGCUUGAGGAAGAAUUGUGAGAGUGGAGAGAAGGAAGCAGUCGAAGCAUUCCUACACCUAGGUGGCCAAACCGUAUGCACCAACGCAAAGACCUGCUCGCCCAAUGAGGGUUGUCACCCCCCAGUCUCACCGCAGUCACCUCAACUAGCAUAUCCCCCAUCUCCGCCAGAUCCUGUUCUACCCGCGCCCGCUCCACCAUCCCCAACUUGUUCCUUUGCAACCAACUCAAUAGUCCCCAAAGCCAAUGCAGUAGAAGAAUUGCAAUCGCCGAUUACGCAGGCAGUGCCCAAAGCCGGUACUCCUUAUCCCUUUGGGGCGCACAUCCGCUCACAUGAAUCGCUCUCAGGAGUUGAACAGGAGGUCGAAACCUACGUCAAGCAACGAGUUGCCUCAGGUUGGAAGGCCAUCUAG